AUGUUUUUCGCCUCAGUCGCCAAGCUGCUCCUCGCAGCUGGCCUCUUCCAGUCCGCCCUCGCCCACAACAUCCAGCUCCCCGCCCACGGCCGCGAGUGCUUCCACGAGUCUCUGCGUCGCGAUGACAAGAUGACCGUCACCUUCCAGGUCGGCGACCGUGAGUUUGGCAGCGCCGGCAACCUCGACAUCAACUUCUGGAUCCAGAACCCCAGGGGCCAGUACGAGACCCAGCAGAAUGGCAUCUCCAACGGCGACUACACUUUUGACGCGAAACACGACGGAAAGUACACCUACUGCUUCGGAAACGAGCACUGGGGUGCCCACACCAAGGAAGUCUCCUUCAACGUUCACGGCAUUGUCUAUGUCAGCGAAUCCGAUGUGCCCAGCGAUCCGCUCGAGAAGGAAGUCCGCAAAAUGUCCGAGCUCCUUGCCCAGGUCAAGGAUGAGCAAUCCUACAUCGUUAUUCGCGAGCGCACCCACCGCAACACUGCCGAGAGCACCAACAGCCGUGUCAAGUGGUGGAACUUGUUCGUCAUCACUCUUGUCGUGGGCGAGGCGGGUUUCCAGGUCUGGUGGUUGCGGAGGUUCUUCGAGGUGAAGAGGUUGGUGUAA